UCAUAUGUUUGCGAGCGUAACUACUCUCACUGGCUAUGACCUAUCGUCACCCAGGAUGCCGUACCUACUGAAUCGUAGGGACUGUGGCGGAUAUGAACAUCCCACCAAGCCUGACAGACGCAAGAAGGCAAGAGACUGAGUCCAAGGGCUGGCGUGCCUUUUCGCACCCGGUCGCGAGUUCACUUCACUUACACGAUCGAGCGGUCAGGUCUUAUGAGCAGGAAAGCAUCAAAAUCCAAUCAGUAUCACUCUGACGCAACUUCCCACUUGCUCAUUGAUGUGCUUACACUCAUGACCCAAUCGUCAAAGAUGCAACAUCAAGCGAACGGUUUGCUGUCGGUGCAGCUUCCAAGACCUGCGCAAUAUUGGAAAGCAAGGACGACAGAUUCAGGCAGCCUGGUCUGGGACGAUCCGGCCGCAAGAUAUGCUCCUGGUGGUACCACUACGGUAAUUGCCACAGAUCUCCUGCGAACCCAAACCGGAAGUCCGAGAAAGCCUGCCGUUACGAACAUUCGCUUGAGCAGUACAACCAGUCGGCGACAUCAUCCAGAGUAACAGCCUGGAAAUAUGCGUAUGCAUGCGGCUUCCCG